AUGACUGAGCAGGAUUCCGGCGCGCUCGCGGGUCUCACCGUCGAUGUUUCUCUAUAUCCUCUUGAUACCAUCAAAACGCGCCUCCAGUCCAACCUUACCGCACAGCAGCAAAAUGCCGCCCUCGCUCCACGACACACCCUGCAGGGCACCCUGCGCAGUAUGUACGCAGGGUUGCCUUCUGCAAUGCUUGGAUCAAUGCCCUCGGCAGCUUCAUUCUUUCUAGUGUAUGACGGGGUCAAGAGAUUGCUGAUCACCACAGAGACAUCGCCUUCGAAACAGAUGUACGCGCAUAUGCUCGCGUCAUCGCUUGGAGAAAUCGCAGCCUGCACCAUCCGUGUUCCCACAGAAGUUGUUAAACAGAGAGCUCAGGCAGGCCUCUUUGGAGGUUCUUCUCUGCUUGCUUUCAAAGAUAUACUGGCGCUCCUACGCUCGGAUGGAUUUAUAACCAUGACAAGAGAGCUUUACAGAGGCGGUGGGAUUACGAUCAUGCGUGAGAUUCCAUUCACAAUCAUACAAUUCAGUUUGUGGGAAUACUCCAAGUCUUCAUACUCAGCCCGUCAACACAGAGAGCUGGGUCGUCAAGAAGGGCUUGUUACAGCCACAGAGGGCGCUGUCUUCGGAAGUAUUGCAGGCGCCAUUGCAGCUGGGUUCACCACGCCUCUCGAUGUGCUCAAAACUCGUAUCAUGCUUACGAGGAAGGGCUCAGGCAACGCAUCUGAAAGGUGCGGGGCAAUGAGAGUCUUGCAGCAGACAUGGGCAGUUGAUGGCCCCUCCGGUUUGUUCAGAGGUAUCGUCCCUCGUGUCGGCUGGAUUAGUACAGGUGGCGCCAUCUUUCUGGGAACAUACCAGUACGUUUCGAAUCUUCUUGCAGCAGACCGACCGUGA